AUGGACCUCAUCAAGAUAUACAAGCAGAACGAAAUUCUAGAGAAUUACGUAAACAUAUAUUUUGAUGACGAGAAGGAACCAACUCUCCAACACAACGUCAAGUAUAAAAUUUUAGACAUAAUAGGAAAUGGAGUAUACGGGGUGGUUUACAAAGCGUACUGUUUGGACAGUUCGUGUGUAGUGGCCUUGAAACAGACGUAUCAAAAAAACGCCCGCAUUUUCAAGGAGGUAGAAAUAAUGAAAAAACUGAGACACCCAAAUAUUGUAAAAUUGAAGCAUGCAUUUUACACGACCACUUCAAAUGGAGGAAUCUAUGUGCAUAUGAUUAUGGAAUAUGGAAAUACAGAUUUGGCUACCUCCCUUUACUAUAUUAGCAUAGAAAAUUCUGCUGAGCAUGUUAAUACGUUUUAUGAGCCGACUGCAAACCAGGAGGGGUAUGCACAAAACGGUAAUCCCUCUAUCCUUCGGGAUGACUCCUUGGACGAUACUAACCUUGCAAGUGGGACGGAAAACCGGUUGGGAACAUCCCAAUUGGACUGUCCCAGGGGUGCAAGCGGCGUCCUCAAAAACGCUGUGAGUAACUUUAAUAUAAACGCACUACAGGAGAGCAUCAGUCAUAUCUGUCCAUGUCACAACAUAAGUGAGUACAUUAAAAAAAGCUUCCUGAAUGAGAACCAAAUAAAAAUUUACCUCUACCAGUUGAUCCGAGCGACCCUGUAUCUGCACACCCUGUGUAUAACGCACCGAGAUAUUAAACCGCAGAACGUCCUCAUUUUUGUCAACAAGCAAACUAGUAGCAAUGGCGUAGGGGGGGUAAAGAACGAGGAGAAGAAAAAGUGCCUCGUGUGCAUACAAAAUUCGUUCAAGGUGAAGUAUAUAAUGAAUAGGCGACGGAGGGGGAAGGGAAGAAGUGGCGGUAGUGGCGGUAGUGGCGGCAGCGUCCGCAGUAGUAGGAGCUCAAGGAGUGGUAGGAGUAACCUUAGUGAAGCGCAGGGGGCAGGUGAGGCAACGCUUGAUCAAUCUUUGCAGGAGGGUGACCCUACACCGAAUGGGAUAACCCACCAAGCCAGUAGGAAUCCAUCUCCUCGUGGUAGCCUCAAUUCUGCUAACAACGCAAAGGAGGAAGGUUCGCAAAAUGAGGAAGGAUCUUCCCACCAGGGAGGAGGAGAGGAAACCCAUUCGGGUGGCAGCCACCAUGGGAUGGAGACCACCCCGUGCGGGAUUACCAAAAGGAGAGCGCAAAGGUGCCACAGCCGUUACAGCAGGAGCGGCACGCCGGUUUCCAUCAAGUGCGUAAUGAACAGUUUGAGCAAAAAGGACAUGCGGUUGAAAAGGUCGGCCAGCAUGACCCAGUUAUUUAAGGACAACCAUGAUAUGUGUAAGGAAAGUUCGAAGGAGAACUGCUCUUCCGUCUCAGCAAAUAAUUUGAAGGCUGAAUCGAGAGAGGACAAAUCGGAUGAGCAGGUAGGGUCGCCCAAUUGGUGCAGGGAGAAAAGCGCUGUAGUAGAUGCAGAGAAGGAUAAUGUUAACUGUAAUGCAAGUGAGAAAGGGGGGGUACCACCCCCCCAGGAGAGUUCCUCCUCCAUCUCCUCUACCGAGGGGGAUAUAUUGUCCCGUUUAGAAGUCAACUCAGCACACACGGAAGAGGAGAUCAGCUUGGAAAGAAUCUACAUGAACUCCAUCACGUAUAAGUACAUAAAGUUGUGCGAUUUUAACACCUCCAUUAAGUUGAAGGAAAAUUACAAAUAUUUCAGUUAUGUCUGUUCGAGGUAUUACAGAGCCCCCGAGCUGCUCUUCGGAUCGAAUUACUACAGCCAGGCCAUUGACACCUGGUCGAUAGGCUGCGUCAUGGGCGAACUCAUCCUGGGGAAGCCCCUCUUCCUAGGAAAUUGUGCUUCAGACCAGCUGGUCGAAAUAAUAAAAAUAUUGGGGACACCCAAUGAUGAAGACUUCCUCUCGUUUAAAAGUGGCCACAAGAAUGUAAAGUUACCUCAAGUUAAACCAAUAACGUUGAAGAAGCUUAUAAAAAAUCAGAGCUCCCAGGAGAGUAUCGACCUGCUAGGGAAGUUACUUCAGUUCAAUCCUCAGAAGAGAAUAAAAUUGUGCAACGCACUUUUGCACACGUACUUUGACGACAUACGUAAUUUAAGUGCUUUCAAGGAUGAACGGAAUGGAGGCAGUACUUUCCAGUUGCCUUACAUAACAAACUGUUUUAAUUUUACGAAAGAGGAGCUCCUACACUUCACCGUCGAGGAAAGAAAAAUCCUCGUACCGUUGGAGGUACGCCGAAGGAAGUUGGACGAGGUUAUGCAAUACAUAGAUAUGACGCUGGAGAGCUUCGACCAGAUGUACCCGAAUAAGGUGCACUUGGCGUGCUGA